AUGGCCAGUUUCUCGUCGAAGAGAAGGUCCGCCAGCUUUUCUGGAGGCGCAGUACGACAGCGGAUGAAGAUAAUUGCCCGAUGCAGAAGCUACUCCGUGUCUUCUCUGGGAGAUGGGCGUGUUCCUCAGCAGCUUCUACGAACCCAACUCCGCUUGGCAACAGAUAUUGAUGAACUAAUUGCCCAUAGAAUCCUUUCAUGUGGAGAAGAUGACGGAGUCGGAACCGCCAUGCGCGACUGGCUCAAUCAUCCAAUGCUAACAAGUGACGAUCAGCUAGCAAAGAUCAUCAAAAUCGAACAAUGCACAAAAUUGUCCCCAAGGCUUGAAGCAGGCUCCGUUGCGCAGUUUCACCAAAUAAUUGAGGAGCUUCGACUACACGGGUACGAGAACAGCGUACAAGACUGGAUAUUUUUCCUCAAAUGCAGUGAUCCCACCACCCGGAUAACUGUCCGCUACGUUGGGUCAACAUCCGCGCCAAGAAACCCAUUCAAACGGGUGCAGAAGAAUGCAGGACGGCCACAGUCACUCCUUGGAAUGUUUCUCUAUAUACUGCAUAAGCGAUAUCCUGAGAUUGCUACUCUUCACAAGGUUUUCACAAUCCACGGAAGUUUUGUGCCAGAUUUCAGCAAGUUGAGCGGCCAACAGAACAUUUUGUCCCAGCGGUUUCACAAUUCCGUCACUGAUCAAACCGAGCGCUGCCUUAUUGCUUUUUUCGGGUUUCGCACCCUCCUUAAUCGCCAACGUGGGGGGAAACAUGGAGUCAUAAGCGUCGAUUACGAGGAAGAACGUGUCUUCUUGCGAUGCAAAACGAACCUCUGGACCAAAGCCAACGGCUGCUUUACCACGCCACCAUCCGACGAUUACACCCGCACAGAGGUUUGGAGUGAGGAAGACAAGCUGAAGGAGGCGAGCCGCGAGACAUAUAUUGCUGGGGCCUCCACUCAGGCUGUUGCGAAGUCCUGGCUCAAUGGCUAUUCAGUACUCGCUCUAUGCGGACAAGAGCCACCUAUUAGCAGCAUCAACGAUGGCACCGAUAUACUGAGUGGCAUCCGGGCUACCAGCAGCUUGGUUAGAAGUGUGCUGACUUUAAUGGUUGCAAUGGAAACGGGUGUGUGCGAUGCCUCUAUCACGUCUCUGGCGAAUCUCUUCAGCUUUAAUCAACUCUUCAACUGGCCACUACUGGCUCCCAAGCACAAGCAACGAUCAAGAGAGCUGUUUGAUAGUUGGCUGGAAACAAUUCAACCGUUGAUUGUGGCUAGUCUUGGACAGCAUGUUUACGCUUGGGUCUGCCAACCAUCUCGGCGGCAAACUCCACCUAAAUCUCUUUUGAACGAAGUGGGCAUCCCUCGUUUGGUACAAAUUCCAAACAGCAGCUACGACGCCAUCAUAAUUCCACAUCUUCAUUCUGGUAGUUUUGCGAGAAAUCCAAGCAUAUCGAGUCAAGGCCAGGUCUUCUGGUACCCAUGGGUUGCCACAUGGGUCUACAUGGACACUGCAAUUCGUCUACUUUCGAGCCAUGACAUUUCAUCUACACCACGCCAGGCUUUGUGUGUCGAACUCCACACCCAAGCAGAGGCAACUUUGAAAAAAGCAGGAUACUUCGAGAGUCUACAGGUUGCAAAAGCAGAAUUUGCUUACACAACGAAGAUAAAUACCUCUGAGACAAUGAAUUGCAAGAGUGUAUCGUCAGAAACUCGGUCAGCCGGAACAGAAGGGUAUGCACUCCCUUCAUUCACUAUCUCAGUAGACAGAAGAGCUGUGCUAGAUCAGCAUCUCUCGUACAGUGCUCUCUCCGACCAGGGCAUAUCUCAACCGAUGCUUGAAUCAAUAGACGAUGGCUCAAAGAAAAGACCUCGAGACAUGUUCGAAGAAAACGAACGGUUUGACGACGACCCAAGGGCAAACUUAACGUCAACGAACUGGGGGCCCUCGGACAAGACGAUGGAAAGAUGGAGGAAGGUUUACGACUUUAUCCGGAAAGGUGAGUCGUUCGAUUUUGCUCGCAGGCUUAGGAACAAGUUUCUGCUCGAGCGGAUCUGGACUGGUUCCAACUCCUCCUCUGUACUGCCAGAGUUUGCCCUAGAUGAAAGCAAUUCUGCAAUCGCAGGGAACCAGCCAUACUCGCCCAUGCCCUCAUCCUUAUUCGAGACCAAACCACUUGCUGUGCAUCCCCCAUAUCGUUUCAAACUGGCCCUUGAACGAUGUGGAAAGACCGAAGGCCCACCGUUAUCGAUAAUCAGACGCCAACAGGCCGAACUACUAUUUGAAGACACGGUACCCAAACUAUGUGGCUGGUUAUUGGGUAAGGUUGCUUGGGUGGAGUUUCUGCAGGAACUUGACGAAGGUGUUUGGAUUGCCGCCUCACUGGAGACUGCAAGAGGCGAUGAAAUGAUACAGCCGGAGCGGGACAGAUUCAUCGAGACUUUCGGGGACAAAGGUGAUGCUGGUGAGUCUAGCAACGAUGAAGCUGGAGGGAUAAAACUCCAGAGGGCAUCGCAACAGUUCAUGGUACAACAAAUGCUAUGGCUCGGCAAGAUUACGAGGGGGAAAGUAGCUGACUCCCCGUAUCUUAAUCUGAAUGAAGCCGAAGGUCACCAGGUCAAGGUGUCACAGCGCGGAAAAGUUCAACUCAGAUUCAAGUUGAAAAAUGACUUGACGGUCACGACGGACAUCAAGCUGGGCCCGCUCAUUGCUCCGCUUGAGAAAGACGAUAAGCGUACGAUACAUUUCACGGACUUAGGGAUCGAUAUCAGAACCGCAACAGGAUUGACAAUCAAAGUUCCCAUAAACAAUUCAACAUGUAUUUUGCCCCUGUCAGCCAUGAAGAGCCACCAAAACGGUACCGACUUUAUCAGCCUUUGGAAAGCAGUUCGGGGUGAGGCUCAGCCUGCAGAUAGUGUAUCGAGUCUCUUGAAGUCUUCUGAUGAAGAUGCAGACUAUCCUCCGGAGUUGUGUGUCUCGUCUACCGGGGAGAUGGGGGCGAAGCCUCCAAACAGGCGGCUUGAAACUAUUCAAGAACCUGAGAAGAACGACGCACUGUGGCUCCUAAAGAGCUCUAUUGAUUUACGCCUGCCUGACGGAGGUGAUUUCUGGACGGGUAGUAAGGAGGAUUUUCCACGAGGAACAGACGAUGUCGCAGGCUUCAUCGAGUAA